AUGAAAGAAGACACAACAGAACCCACCGCUGCUGGACGGUCAUCAUUAAUUAAUCAAACCAUAGUUGGCUCGUGGAGAAGGUUGCUUUCAACAAUGUCGUUGGGAGGGAACAAUAAACAAUCUACUACUACUACUACUACAACAACAAUACCGAAUGAGAGUAAUAGUAACAAUAUGAUUACUUCUCCACUUACAGUACAGGAAGAUUCUGUGGAGCACUGCUCUGCAAGUGACUCAUUGGCUUCUUCAGUGAGUACUUUUCCUACAGUAUCCUCCUCCUCCUCGGUAGGAGGAAUUGAAGGAACAAUAAUAUCAUCAUCAGCUACUUUGAAUAAUAAUAAUAAUCAACAAGGAGGGGGAUCUGUUGGUGGUGUUACCACUAGUUCUGGUUUAGUAGAUCAUUCAGCCGCUGUUAUUAGUAAUAGUCAGCCAUUUAAUGUUCCAUCAUCAUCAUCAGAAUACCAUCACUUUAAUAACAAUGUUUUUAAAAGUAGUAGUUAUUGUAAUGAGAGCGUGGGAUAUCCAUUACAUGACCACUACGGCCCAGUUAAUACUAAUGCAUCGUCGUCUGUGGAAGGAAACGUAAGGAAGAAACCAAAUGCUAUCAUGAUGAGGAGAAGAAGAUCUCCAAAGAGAAAAUCGAAUGCCAUGAUGGAUAUAUCAGAUGAUGAGGAACAAACAUCACCACCAACAAAUUCAACAACAACUGCCAGAAAUCAACCAACAACUAGUCAUUCACCACAGGGUCAACGUACCAACAAUAUGAGAACUAGAUUGGAACCACUCUUUAGACCUAAUAUUGGCAAUCAUCAACCAGUACAACAUCAACAACUUUUAUCUACUUCACCAAAUAGUCAACAACCAUCAACCUCUCCAAAGAGUGACGAAGACACAAUGAUGAAUGAUCCAAGCAGUUACUUUUCGGAUACAGAAAUGUACGUCAAGAAGAAGGAUGUUUUGGAAUAUUCAAAACCAAUCCCAGCACACUUUUCUGGUGCUAACACUGCUGCAACUCCAUUCCAAAAAGUAUUUCAAAAAUCAACAAAUUUCAAACCAGCAACACCAUGUCCAUCACCGACAAAUCAGACCGAGUUUCCAUCAUCACACAAUUUUACUUCUUCAGGAAGAAGAAACAAUGAUAUUCCAACAGCUUUUCAUAAUUUAGGGCUUGUUGGUAAAUUGAAGGAGUUUUGUGCAUCAAUACCCUCAUAUUCAAUGACAUCACCAGUUAUCUAUUCACCUUUGGAUUUAUCUGCUAGUUUGGAUUCUCUGGAUACUGUCUACACAUGUUGUGGUAAUAAUCUUCUUGGUCAAUUGGGUUGUGGUGAUAAGCAGAAAAAGACUCUUGCUUUUCAGAGAAAAGCCAAAGGUUCAGUCAAAUUUAUUGCAGGAGGAAAUGGGUUCGUUCUCAUAGCAACCGUUAAUAAUGAGCUGUACAGUUGUGGAGAUAAUUCAUAUGGUCAAUGUGGAGUUGGUCCUAUUACUAAAAAGCAUUGCCCAAAUUUUAUGAAAUCUGUUUGGGAUAAGAAAUUGGAUAUUAAGAAAAUUGCUUGUGGUUAUCAUCACAGCAUGAUUUUGACAACCUGCGGAAAGGUAUAUAGUUGUGGAGCUGGAUGUGCAGGUGCUCUAGGGCUUGGAGAUUUUUUAAAUAGAAAUACUUUCCAGAGAGUGAAUAUUAUAUUUUUUGGAGAUGAAGUUGAUAAUAUUGUAUGUGGAAUGCAUUAUUCAGCCAUCAUUUCAAAGAGUGGCAGACUGUUUGUCACUGGUGUAAAUAUUGCAGGCGAAUUGGGUGUAGGAGAUUAUGUGAAUAGAAAUUUAUUUACAUAUGUGAGUGAGAUACCUCUCCAAGCUAACCCUCAAGUUGAUUUGAUUUCUUUCAGACCAGGAUUUUCAAUAAUUUACACAAAAUACAAACAGGCUCUUAUUGCUGGAAGGACGUUGGGAAAUAGAUAUGCCUAUGUGAAUGGUUUUCCUAACAAUGUAAAAAAGAUAAUUUUCGAAGGUUUACACACUAUUAUACUGUGUGAAAAUGGUAUUCUAUACAAGUGUAAUGAUGAUGAUGUAGAAUUUGACUCCUUUCAAAUGCCAUUUUUCAAUUUUAAACAGGUUCCAAUACCCUCUCGAGUUGUUGAAAUUUACAAUGGUAUUGGAUAUGCUGUUGCAGUUACGGAAGAUAACAAAUUCUAUGCUAUUGGGGAUAAGUCUUGGAUAUUUGCUGUCUUGAAUGGAAAAGAUAAGACUGAUGAACAUCCAAAUCUUGAUGAGUUUACAAAGAUUAGAGUUGAUAAUUUCCAUAAUUCGGUAGCAUGUGGAGGAACUUUCACUUACUAUUACACCAAAUCAAAUAAGAUUGUGAAUAAUAAUUCCCUAAUUGAUAGAAUUCAACCACUCGAUCCAUACCAAGACAUUGUCAUCAAGUUUGAUACCAAUAAGAGAGUCAAAACAUGGUCUUUAACAAGUGUAGUUUCUGAUUAUAUAUCAAAUCAAAAGAAAAAGAGAAAAGUGGAAAGUAGUGAUAGUGAUAGUGAUAGUGAUAGAGGUGAUUUGGAAGAUCUUGAGGAAUUUAGUAAUUAG